AUGAAAAGCUCAAUGAGAAAAGAACACGGCGUAAAGCAUUCUAGCAUAGACAAACCGCUUAUUCAAUAUACUUUUAAAAGAAGGUAUUUAAUGAAUAAAAAACCCGAAGAAUUUUCUGAAACUUAUAUCGAAAUUCUGAGAUUAUUUUCCGAUUAA